CAUUAUUUAUGGUCGAACUGUUUGCCAAAUCUGAGUGGACUGUUUCCAGUACUUAGCAAUCAGGAGUGAGCAGAGUGAUACAGGUAAGGUUCUGUGCUGUAAUCAGAUAUAACAGCAUGGGUUGGGUGAUUGUUCCCAUGUUUAAAACUACACAAAAAGUAAUUUAAAUUAAAAUGGGGUUAAAAAGCCACACAAUGUAGAAAGAAACAAAAAUGUAUAACUAGUGGGCGACAUUGGAGAAUAAUCAGAUUCAGUCUCUGACCCUUUUCCACCCCACCCUACUGUCAGGAAUCAGUCUGUUCUCUUUGUAGCACAGCUGGCUUGUACUGAGCACAAACAGAUCCUGUGGGUGAGUGUUGUUCAAGCUGAGCUCACUGUAAGAGGUAUUACACACCUAAGUCAUGUCAGAAGAGAGCAAAGAUGUUCUCAGAGACAUCCAGGCAACGCUGCUAUCGACAACACCAAGACUGAAGCAAUUUCCUCAGCUCUUCAACUUCAGCUCUUUGGGCAUCUGCUAAAUGCUGAAGAACAGUCCUGCAAAUGACGGACUACAGUCAGUGAUUGUAGAACUACAAAGUGCUUCUAUAUGGUAAGUAAAGCUAAUAAAAAUGGACAGUGAGUGUAGAAACAAGGAGGUGGUUUUAAUGUUGUGGCUUGGACAAAAGCUUGUAACCCUUGAUUAUGAUUCAGAUACCUUAUAACCAAAAAAUAAUAAUAAUCUUUUCAGAUCCGUGAAAAGCCACCUAAUCUGAAACCCUCCACCAGCUCCGAAACCGACAUGGCCAUCAGUGUGCAGGACAUCACAGCCACCUCUGCCAUCAUCACCUGGCUACCCAUGCAGAAAUGUGUGGACACCUUUUAUACUCUUAUGUACCACCCGAACUGGAACAGCCUUCUGAUGGGCUACACACGAAAGAAUGCCAUGCAGGAAGAUAAAAUUCCUCUAAACCAGACAACAGCCAGCCUGGGAAAUCUCAUCCCACAGACAUCUUACGUUAUCUGUGUCACCUGCCAGUCUGCCAGCCCCACCCGGGACCAGUGCCAGGUGUUUAGCACACUGGACGAGGGUGGGGAGCUUGCAGGCAGCCACAGGGACAUAGAUAUGGCACUGUGGCUUGCCAGCACUGUUCUGCUCCUCAUCAUUUCCGUGCUAUUGCUCUGGGGCUGUCUUCAUUCCAUGUGGCCAGAAACAAGAAACUCAGUCGGGGAAUGCCAGCCAUGUCCAACACCAUCAAAUCAAGACCACAGACGUGAGGACUGGGAAAAAGAGAUACGUCUGCCUGUACCAAAUCAUAGUGAAGAGGACUCCCAGCAUUUAAUGGUUCUAGAAAACCCUUUUCACACUGAUUACAGUAAGGAAGCAAUAGAUGGACAGUGUCAUGAACUUUGGACACUUAAUAGACAAUCACCCUGAGUAAAUAAAAAAGGUAAUUAAUGUGCCUUUUCUAUUCAUGCUCAAUUAAUGAAAGAGAAAAAUAUGGGUGGUGGUAACAAGGGAUGCUCCCCCCAUCAAUUGCAAAUGACUAUAAUGUAUGCUACAGCAUUUUUCUCUCAGUUAGCCUACAGUCUGUGCUAUUUUUAGCUUCAAUUUUUGUUUUCUAAGAUGAAAAUGUCAUCAAAUGUCAUUUAUUUUGGUUGAGUUUACACGAGUUUGGUUGAGCACUUAGUUUUAAGCACGAACUGACAUUACAGUCAAUAAACUGUGCAGUUUUUGAUUAUAUUUACAAAAACACCUAUUUCUCUCCAUUAAAUACCAUUUGAGACUAAAACAAAAUAGCUUCCCUUUAUUUUUUUACUCAAAUGAUUCCAGAAAGGUGCUUUGAGGAUUGUUUUAUAUCUGCACUGUGGUUAUUUUGCACUACACCAUACCCAGGUCAUGGAGAUUGGUGCGUGACUCUCCGCGCAGUAUAUGGAUCCUGAUAUGAACCCGCCUUGUGCAGGUAAAAAGAAGCGGUACUCAAGUUGCUUCUUCACUUUGUGUCAUUUAAAACGAAUUAUAAAAGAUGUUUAAGAUUUAAAAAUGUAAAAAAAUUAAUUAUUUUCCCUGGUGCUGUAGAUUUAAGCACAUUUCGUGUCUCGUUUUCAUUAAAAAAAACCUCAGUCUUUCUGAGUUUAGUGUU